GCCGGAGCCAACGCCGGAGCGUCGAGAAAAUUCUGAUGGCGUGGUGCCUCGUUCUCUCGCGAAAUUUCGUUGUUUUCUCUGCGGUUUGAAUCGCAAAUUGAUCAUUUAUCGGUUUUACUGCAUCCCGCCCGUGGCUGAUUGUGCGCGAUAUUCCUGCGUGUAAAGAGAUCAUCAAGGAUUUAUUGUAGCAAAAAUGACGGCGGCAUCCAAUUCUUCCGCUGUUGAUCGAGUGGUGGGCAGCGCAAUGCCUACCAUUAUUGGUGGUUUGCAGAAGCGUUUUGAAGGCAUGACUGUGGAAGAAAAGAUCGACAUCUUUUCGCCGCUCGUUCUCCGGAGCGACCCUGACCAGCUGAUGACAUCGGGCGAUGUUCUGCUGAAGAAGAGCAACUAUUGGAGCGCCAUCGUUUCGUACAACAAGAGCCUGAUGAUGUCACCUGCCGCCUGCAGCGAGCUGCGUGGCCAGGUCUACCUGAAGCGCAGUCACGUCCUCUUGACCCUGGGCUUUUACCAAGAGUCCAUCAGCGACGCCCAACUCGCCUUGAAAAACAACUGCCCUGAAAAGUUUGCCACCCGCUUGCACCUGCAAAUCGCUCAGGCCAAGAAGGCCCUGGGUCGGAUGGGUGAGGCCGAGGAGGAGAUGAAAACCAUCGGGCAGAUCAUUGACAAACUGGAGAUCAAACCUGAGGCCAAGGAAAAGUGCAUGGAAGGUCUGAGGAAGGGAUUUGAAGAGGACCACAAGCCUGUGAUGCCUCGCAUCAGGGUCGAGUACCUGCCGCCGCCUCCUUUGAGCUACGGACCAAACCCUGAAGACCCACGAGUGUCGGACGCUCUCACCAUCGAGGAGGACAACAGUCUGGUUGCCAAGAGGAGGAUCAACUUAGGUGACGUCCUGGUCGUCGAGGACCCUUUGUUUUACAUCAACUCGUCCAUGAUCACAAGCCUCGAGCCCAGCUGGAUCCAUUGCUCAGAGUGCUUCAAACAGUGCCUCAAUCUGCAGCCUUGCUCAACCUGCUUGCUGGUGUUGUACUGCAGCCAGGAGUGUGCAGAUGAAGCCUGGCAGAAGCACCACAAAGUGGUGUGUGCCCCGGCCAGAAAGAUUUUCAACAAGAUGCGUGUGGCCAGCAGAGAGGGCAACAAAAACAAUAUUCACGAAGUCAUCGGUGGGUCCAACCAGGCCCUGGAGAUGCUGGCAGUUUUUGGAGUGGAUAACUGUGCUGGGGCGCUCGUCAAUGGCCAAGUCUCGAGCGACGCCUCCCCUGAACUCAAAGACUUCUUGAACUUGCAGGCGGGACCGAUUGAAACAGAAAUUGUCGCCCACAAUAGUGCCAAUGAAGCAGAAACAGUCGAGAUGGUUGUGGAGAGCAUCGACGGCCUCGACAAGGACAAGAAGGCCAGUCUGCGCGAGUUCCUCAGGAGGGCCAUGCCCAUCGUCCUCACUUACACCGGACUCAUUCGUGACGUGGUGCUGGAGCGCAAAAAGGACAAACUCAUCGGCAAGGGGGAAAUUGUCGGCCAAGGCUUCUACCCCAGACUCAGGUCCGUGCCCAGAGGGUGCGAAGCAAACGCCGUGAUUUGCUCCUACCUGAAGACCAGCGUGGUCAAAGCCCUGCGGCCCAUCGAGGCCGGCGAAAGGAUUUUCUUCAUCGCCUCCCUCUCCUACAGUGCCUUCCCCAAAGCCGCAAGACAGGCGCAUUUCAUGGAUUGCUACGGGCCAAACUUUAAGUGCAUCAAAUGCAGGCCUUGCAGCGAGGAUUGGCCUCUGUCGGAGAACCAUCCUCUCGUCCAUGACUUCAUCGAGAAGAAUCCCAAGUAUUUCACGAGUGGACUGCUGAAGGAGUUUUGGGCUUUGCUUAAUACUACCGAGAAGCAUUCUCUGAACUGGUGCACCCCUGAAAAACUGGACUUGUGCAACAGAAUCCUCGAGUUGUACGUGGGAAACAGGAGAGAUGAUGUCCAGUGCAACUACAUCCUCGAGCUGCUGGGACUUCACUUUCCCACCACAACGAAGAGGUAUGUCGAAGGCAACAACACUGUUGCCUUGCCUGACCUUGACCACUGCCUUGUCUUUAAGAAUGUUGAAUAACUUCAAGCUGUUGAUCAACAAGGUGAGACUUGUCAAGUUAUUUUGAUUUUAUAAUGAAACUGAAAUUGACGGAGAAAUAAUUAAAAUUGUUAAUAGGGUUUAUUUGUACGAACAAUUUCUGCUUAUCUGCCAAUAAAACGUAAUGAAAACCUUCAA